AUGACCGAGCCCGAAACCCAAACCAAACCGGCCGAGGAGGACGAGGAAAUCAUGCCCCAGGAGGUCGAAGCCAAGGAUACCCCAGAAGAGACACAUGACAAUGAGAGCGAAACGAAUCCUGACGUGAAGGUUUCCGAACAGACUCCAGAGGAAAUAGAAAUAGUGGAAUCUACAGAAGCACCAGACGAAAAGAAGACAGAGACUGCAGAGGAGGAAGCAGUUGCCAAAGAAGAAGCCGAAUCUUUGAAAGAGGAAGACGAAGAUAAGGCAGCUGAAGCUGAAGCCGAAGCUGAAGCCGAGCGACUGAAAAAGGAGGAAGAAGAAAAGGUGAAGGCAGAAGCAGAGGCAGAAGCAGAGGCCCAAGCCAAGGCAGAAGAAGAGGCAGCAUUAGCUGAAACUGAACGGUUGAAAAAGGAGGAAGAAGAAAAGGCAAUAGCAGAAGCAGAGGCCAAAGCCAAGGCAGAAGCAGAGGCAGCACUAGCUGAAGCGGAGAGGUUGAAAAAGGAGGCAGAAGAAAAGGCAAAAGCAGAAGCCAAAGCCAAGGAAGAGGCUGAGGCUACAGCCAAGGCAGAAGAAGAAGCAGCGCUAGCUGAAGCUGAGCGGUUGAAAAAGGAGGAGGACGAAAAGGCAAAAGCAGAAGCAGAGGCCAAAGCGAAGGAAGAGGCAGAAGCCAAGGCGCUGGCUUUAGCUGAUCAACUGAAAAAGGAGGAAGCAGAAAAGGCCAAAGAAGAGGCAGAGGCCAAAGCCAAGGAAGAGGCAGAGGCCAAGGCAGAAGCAGAGGCACUUGCUUUGGCGGAGCAAUUGAAAAAGGAGGAAGAAGAAAGGCAAAAGCAGAAGCAGAGGCCAAAGCCAAGGAAGAGGCAGACGCUAAGGCCAAGGCAGAAGCAGAGGCGCUUGCUUUGGCGGAGCAAUUGA